AUGGCAUUGUUGUUGGUCAGUAACUGCAAAGCGGCGCAGUGGGUGACAUUCACUGUUGGAGAGUACGCCGUAGCCUCGAAGCGAGUACUGAAGCACCUAGCAGUGAAGAUCAACAACUUAACUCAACGGUUUAACUUUAAUCGCCACGUGGACGUUGGCUGUGAGAAGGCGGCGAAGGCCAUCAAUGCGUUAGCUAGAAUUAUGUCGAAUAGCUACGGACCCAGCAGUAGUAAGCGUCGACUGCUGGCUAGUGUCUCCCUGUCGCUUCUCAGAUACGGAAGUCCAACCUGGAUUUCAGCGUUUUGGACCAUUCAAAACUUAGCAACGCUGAACAGCACGUUCCGGCUCAUGACCAUGCGAGUCGCGAGUGCUUAUAGAACAGUUUGGCAGUAUGCGUCAUCGCAGGAAUGCUCCCUACUGGUAUCACAAUGGUCGAAGACAUAG